UGAAACAUCAUACACAGCAGUAUAGGUUAUGUAGGUAUACAGAUAGGUACUACAUAUUAUAUAUUUUAUAGGUGUCUAUAAUCUACUAUAUAUUUCUCAUAAUCCCACGUAGGCGUUUGUACUAACAAUAUAAUAUAUGUAUAUAUUAUCGUUAAGUCGUGUUUGUUAAUUUAAUACACACAAACAAAAUUGUUUAGCUAAAUCAUAAUUCGUAAAAAUAAUACACAAAAAUAUAGUAUAAUAUGUUGUGUAGUAGAUAACGAGCAGUGGUGUGCGUGCGCGGUCCGGACUCGGGACCUCCCGCGGCGGCGCGUCUGUGGACCAGUCGAAAAUCGUAUAAUGAGCCGACAUGCGCGCACAAAGAUGGCGGCGUUCGCCUCCGCCGCCGCCGCCGUCGCUGCGACCGGUCACAGCCGAUUGAGAUCUAUACAGUCGACGGCGGCUGCAGCUAGCGUAGUUAUUAUUAUUAUCAUUGUAAUAUAUUACUAUAACACAAUAGUAUCAUCGUCAUCUGCGUGAUUACUUUACUCGGAUAGUUUAAUAUUAUUAUAUAUUUGAGGGAUAUUCUGUAUAUUACGUAGAACGGCGCAGGUGGACCGCGACGACAUCUUAAUAUAUUAUAAUUACGACAAUAUAGUAUAUACCUUACAUAUAUAUAUAAGUACGUGUCUGACAUCUUUAUAUAUUUUCCACGUAUAAAAACUUAUUUAUAAAUAUUAAAAAUUUUCGGUCGUCUCAUCUGCUCGCAUAAUGCCGCCCAUCAUACAUACAUAGGUAUACCCAUUUACUGCACCGAGAAAUGUUUUUGUAUUUUUUUUCCCCUAGAAAACUGUUUUUCGAGCUACAUAGUGAUGACGGCGAGGGAGAUAUGAAAAAAAGAUUAUUAUAUUAUUUUCGGUCGUUUGUUUUCCACACGCGUCAUAAAACUCGAACACCGCGCGUUCGCCCGCUGCAGCGGCGACGAUGCACUUACAGAUUGAAUUCGGCGACGAUCCCCUAUUGCGAGGCACAAAUAUAUUAUAAUAUAAUGAUUUCGUACAUCAGCUAUUCCAUUGCGCCCGUCGUUCUUUAGCAGUCGUCGACGACGACGACGACGCCGCCGCUGACAUGACAAUGCGCAAUUUUCCAUCUCACCGGUUAUAAUGUAAUAACGACGCCAUGUAUAUAGUAUUAUUCCGUCUCUCGCCGGUCUUUACCUCCUCCCCCCCAAACAAAAACCUAAUACUGAAAAGUCUCCCUCGGCCUAUAUAACCUAUAUAUUAUACAUAUUUUUUUUUGUUUUCUCUUUUCUCGAGUUUUUGUUGUCGAGCCCUCUUUUCUACUCGCGCGAUACACAUAAUGUAUACCCCCACAGCGCAUGUAUAAUAUAUAAUAAUGUAUUAUUGACGUUUCGUCGAGGGGCCGUGACUAAAAAUUUGUGUGUAUGCAUAGUUGGACGGAUCGCAAAGAUGUUUUGUACUUAGGUGAAUAAUACACAAUAAUGGCGAGCAUAUACCUAUGUGUUGCUAUACUGUACAAUAGGUGUUCUAUAUAUAAAGGUAUAUAGGUAUAUUAAUUUAUUACUGCACGUAUUCGGCAUCAGCCCCACGAUUCGAGAGUCAACAUGGCUUUUGUUGUGUCACAAAUAAUAUAAAAAAGAAAAAUUUGUCGUAAGUACAAUGUAUACACAUGCGCAGACAUUCGACAUAGUAUAUGUAGCGUCCUCCGCCGUAUAUAGGUAUACAUAAUAUAAAGGACUAAUCUGUCUGUGUGUGACCUUUGUUACACUGUUAAUAUUUUAUAUACCUAUAUAUAUUGUACGUUGCGAUUUUGGGCGCACGCGUCUUUUAACGCGCCAUUUCCUUUUUAUUUAUAUUUAUUUUUUUCCCCUUCACAUUUUUGGAUCUUCUCGCCAUUCAUUUUUCUUUUCUCUCUGCAGCAGUACACCGGUGCAAAUCCGUCCAUCGCCAGCUCAUAUAUAUAUAAAAAUUCAACAUUUACACUUAAAUGUAUAUAAUCUGUCGCGUAACGCUGUAUAUAAGGUACUGCAGCGAGUUUUAACGGUUAUAAAUUAUAACCAUGCACAUCAUCUAAGUAUAUAUGUGUAAUACACAUUCUAUGUGUACGUCAUGCUGUAUUAUAUCGUAUAUGGCGUCCGUUAUUCGAAUUCGUAUAUUUCAAAAGUCGCCGCUCAGACGUCACGCCGUACAUAUAUCGAUACACUCGUAUUAAAUAUAUAAACCAUAUACGUAUAUAUACAUAUAUAUUAUAUAGCUGCAGCUUAUACGUAUAUAGCGUUACGACCGUUAUCUCUCGUAAACUCUAAAAGGGUUGAGGUCAGAAAUACAAUUUAUUUUACCGUCAGACCGUCGUUCGUAAUGGGUUUUCAUAUGUAUGUAUAUAUAUAGGUGCAUAAUAAUGCGGUAGUGCCUAUUUUCAAAAGGAUUGUAAAUACCUAUAUAUUAUAUAUAUACGCCUUGCACAGUGCACCGCGUACAGUUUUCGAAUAGUUUUGUACGUGAUAUAUAUAUAGUCAUCGAAUUUUUUGGACGUGACGAAUAAUAAUAUAUUAUUUUUUGACGAGCCGGUUAGUCUUCCUCGUGCACGCAUGAAACGCAGAUACCUAUAUAGAACCGGAAUCCGGAUUUGUUAACUUCAUAGGUAUAUUUAUGUAUAUAAUAUUCAUAUAUAUAUAAAAUAAACGUCAUUAAAUAUAUGUACCCGCUUCCAUAUAUAUACAUAUAACCUGCACGAAAUCUGCUGCAGGUUCCAGAUAUUAUUUAUAUGUACCUACCUAUAGUAUACUUAAAUUAUUUUCUAAAUCACUCUUCACGUUAUAAAAUAUAGAUGUUAUAUUAUAUAGGCCGAUUUCCACAUGUAGGUUUUCAAACCCAAAUAUAUAGAUAUACGCAUAAAAAUAUAGUGCGUUUAAAACACGUCAACGAGUCAAUUUAGAUUUCCGUUGUCUGGUAUAUAGGUAUAAUAUAUUAUAUAGAUAUAUUACAUAUAUAAACUGCAGCCGUACAAUAAGGCAUAAAUAAUACGACUAUACAGGCAUUUCGAUUACAUAUAUAGAAAUAUAGAAUCGGUCGAAUUUCGAAUAAAUAAGAGCCACAUGAAUUAUUUAAAAACAUUACUGGGUCUCUAACUCGAACAGUCGGUUUUUAAAGUCUCUCGAUUUCUAGCAUUACAUAUAUAUGCGCGUAAUCAUAGUAUUCUGAUUACAAUAAUAAUUACAAGUCAUCAUAUGAUAUCGUGCUCGUGCAGAAACGACAAAAAAAAAAAAAAUAAAAAAAAAACGUCGAGGGAGCGCGCCAUUAUCAUUAUAUACAUCUCGUACAUAUAUCGCGACGAAAGGGCGCCUUUGAUAUCGUUAUGGCGACGGCGGCGGACAUGAAAAAUAUAAUAAUAAUAAUAAUAAUAACGUUUCGACUCGGUGGUAAUAUUACGCGUAUUGUGUACACACACGAGAUACGGUAGCUGCUAUACGGCGGCAGCGGCUCUAUCCGCACGUCAGCCCUGAGAGCAGCGCUGUCGCGAGCGCCGACGGCCGCGACGUAGUCCGAGGCCGGUCCGCCGGGCGGCGCGGCGGUCGGACUGCGGCCCGCGCGAGGAGACGGGAGCGCGCGCACGCGAACGGGCGACGACGGUGCACGCCGCUAAACACCAACGACGACUACUACGCGCUCGCGUCGGCCCGUUUGUGAGCCGUCGGGCGCGGUGUGUCGUCACCCGUCAUCGGCGGUCGUCACUUCUCACGUCAGUCCGCUCUCGUGCACCGUGCGUACGAAACUUCGGACCUCCGCCGCACACGCACACGCGCCGUCCGCGGUCUCGGUAGUUCCGUCGCGUAUUUCGCACACACGAUAAUAAUAUUAUAUUAAAACAUCGUCUUUGCAAAGUCUCGCAUUUUCGGUUUUUUUUUUUUUUAUUAUAAUAAUAAUAAUUUUUUUUUUUUACCGUUUGUUUUAUUUUGUUUACAUUUUUUUUUUUGAAAAAGUGAAACGGGCGGUUUUUUUUCGCCGCAAACUUAUAUGCGUCCGUACUUGGAAUUUUUUUUUCUGUUCGACUGCAGAAAUCUUCGGCCGUUCAUGAUCGCGUCGUCGUAAUCCUAACGCUCGCGCGCCUCGUCCGGCCGUCAUCAUAAGCCGAUUUAUAUAAUAUAAUAAAAAAAAAAAUAUAUAUAUAUAUAUAUACACAUGUAAUAAAUACAACGACUUUACGCGCGCACGCAAUAUUUAUAUCUCGACACACAUAAUAUAAAAUAAAUAUGCACAACCGUUAUAAUAUUAUACUCUAAACUGAUCUGGACUUGUCUUCUUGUGUUCUGUUGCCGACUCUGACCCGACGCUGCCGACAUCGUCAAUAUCCGUACAACUUGUGCACCACCGAAAUCACCUAUACGCCCGCUGUCGUCUGUCACCUAAACCCCGUCCGAAACCACAACAAUUAUCAUCAUCGGCGACCUCGGGGACGCUGCCGUCGGUACGCUGUACGGUGGCGGUGAACACGAUGUUACCACCGGUGCAGGGUGCCCGACCCCGACAGCCGGACCCGGGCUGAGUUGGUGGACGAUGAUGAACGGCGGCCUGUACGAGGACAGCCCGCCGGCGCCGCCACCCCCGUCGUCCGUGUCGCUGCAGCCGCCGUCGGUGGACAUCGCGCGCGCCGCGCCGGCGGCCGUCAUCAAGACGUCGCCGUCGUCCACGCCGAUCGCGUCUUCCGUCACGCCGCCGCCGCAACAGCAACAGCAACAGCAGCCGCCGCCGCUGUUGCACAUACCGGCCAAGCGGUUGCAAUCGCAUUCCAUCGGCGGCGGCGGCGGCGGAGGCGGUUACGAGUGCAUGGACACGGCCGCCGGUUCCGCGGGCGUCAUCAGACACUCGCAUCACCAGUGGAACGCGUACUCGCCGGCCGUCGUCGACCACGCCGCGUUCGACCAGUACUCCGCGCCGCCUCAUCACCACCACCAUCACCAGCCGGCCGCGCCGACCUACUACAACCUGGCCGCGGACGCUAGCGGCGGUCACCAUCACCACCAUCACCACCAUCACCGGUCGUCCAUGGACGGCGGCGGCGGCGGCGGCGGCGGCGGCGGUGGCCGCAAACCGCCCGCGGGCCUGCCGUUCUGGUCGCCCGCGGCCUCCGAUUAUUGCGGCGGAGGUCUCAGCGGCGGUGGCGGAGGCGGCGGCGGUGGAGGCCUCGCCAGUAAAUACACCAACGGUGGCGUGACGCCGUGCAGCAGUUCCGCCGGACCUCCGUCCGCCGCCGACCACCAUCACCAGUUCUCGCAGUCCUGGUGCACCAACUAUUCGCCGUACACCACCACCACGUCGUCGUCGUCCUCGUCGUCCGUGGCCGCGGCAGCCGCGGCCGCAGCCGCUGCGGCCGCCUCGGCGUCCAGACACCCGUCCGGCGGCGGCGGUCCGGCCGACACGCCGCAGCCGACGUACCUGCAGUCCGGAAGUCCGGGAGACGACCGGAACGGCAACAACUCGUCGCGCAUGACGUCCGGCUCGGCCGACGGUCCGGCCGCCGGCCCGUUCGGUCACGACAACGCGUACCAGCCGCCGCCACCACCGCCUCCGUCGUCGUUGCCGCUCAGGAACUACGGGAGUUCGCACGAUCCCGUCACGUCGACGCCUUACCCGCCAACAGGUUCGUUGUCGAGCAUCGGGAUGGGUGUCGGGUCUAACCCGUUAGAGUGGACGGGUCAAGUGACCGUGCGCAAGAAGAGAAAACCUUACUCCAAGUUCCAGACGCUGGAGCUGGAGAAGGAGUUUCUGUUCAACGCGUACGUGUCCAAACAGAAGCGCUGGGAGCUGGCCCGGAACUUGGCGCUGUCCGAACGCCAGGUGAAAAUAUGGUUCCAGAACAGGCGCAUGAAGAACAAGAAGAACAGCCAGCGGCAGGCCGUGCAACAGCAGCAGCAACAGCAACAGCAACAGCAGCAGUCCAACAACAACAACAACAGCAACGGCAGCGCCAACGCCAAUCACCAACAUCACAUGCAGGUCAUCGGAGGCCACCACGGCAACGGGCCCAUCAAACACCAUCAGUGACCGUUGCACUACUCUGGAGCCGCCGCCGCUCACCCACCGAUGCACAUGCACCACGUACACCAUCAACUGCAACCGCUACCCCCGCCACCGCCACAUCACCUCCACCAUCAUUACCCGAUGCAAUCCGUCUAAGUAUACUAUAACUGCACCGUAAGUCCGAGUACGACGUAAGUCUUAAUCUAUUUUACGUAUAACAUAUUAAUAUAUUGUAACGCAUAUAUUCGCGGGGAAGAGAUCGAUUUUUUCAUUUUGCAAGACGAACUCGCGACCGAUUUUUUGCGUCAAUCGUUGUCCCCGAAUAAAUGUUUUUGAUUGUAUUUAUAGAGUUAUAGGUAUAUUGUAUUUCGAUGAAUUUCGGAAACAGAUUUGGUCACGGCCAUUAACACCAACGAGAAUGUCUCUCGUCACCGUUCCAUGCAAACAUAUUUCUGUUUACCGUAAAACUCGUACUCUGGCUUUUCGUAUAUUAUAUUCAUAUAUAGUUCUUCCAAACCGGACGAGCUCAGUCUCUUAUCCUGAAUCUCGCUCAAACACAAUAUAUAGUAUAAUUCUGUCGUAGAUCGACCGGAAUAAUAAUCACUCGAAAACAAAUAAUACUUGAAAUUCCAAAAACGGUAGGGUAAACGUGGUAUAGGUAGGUACAUCAUAUUAUAUUUUAAUCGCGUAUGCGGUCAAUGAUAUUAUUAUUAUGUAUUGUUUUAGUAUAUUUAGGUGUACCUUUUUAAAAAUGCAUCGGCUCCAGAGUGUCGAUAUUUUAUAAUAUUAUAAUAUGUUAUAGAUCAUAAUGUUUAAACGUGUACAUAAAUAUACAUAAAAUACAAUUUAAGUUACUACGUUUAUAUAUAUUUAAUAUAUGAGAUUAUACUAUUAGGCUAAAUAUACAAUACAUAACGCAAUGUGUUUUUACUAUUUAGAUAUUAUGUAUAUGUGUAUUUACGAGACGUGUAUAUGCCGCAAUAUAAUGAUGUAGAAUAUAUAAGUCCCUGAGUUGGACGCGUUCGAGUGUGAUGUAAUGAUAUUAUUAUAUUAUUAUAGCAUCGUUGUAGGUAUUUUAUUUAAAAAUGUGUUAUCGUUUCUUUUUUUCUUUUUUUUUUUUUUACUUAGCCUCUAACUUAAAUAAUAAUAAAUAUUAUAAUAAUAAUAAUAAUGAAUAACGAUAUACAUAAAACUAUAUAAAUCGUUUCUCGAAACAUAACCAGUGGUUUUUAUAUGUCUAUUAUUAUUAUUAUUAUUUUUUUUUUAGACGAAAAACUAUCGAUCUCCGUCUUUAAGCGAGUUUUAGCGUUUUCUUAAAUUUUUUUCUAAUAUUUAAAUAAUAAAUUUUUCGUGUAAAUAUAUGUAAUAUAACAACUGAAUAAUUAAUUAAUGAUAUAUAUAUAUUAUACGUAUAGGUAUUGUACAAGUCUUAUGCAUAUAAUAUUAUAUUAUGUUUAAUUUAAACUUGCAGUUGUAUAUAGAUAUUAGUCGGUUUUUUCGAUUUCUCAAUAUUUCCCCUAUAGUAUUUAUAUUAUAAAACGUUUUUCACACACACAAAUACCUAUAUAUUUAUAUUGAUAUACACACAAUCAUUAAAAAAUUUACGUAUGGUAAUAUUAUUAAAACAGUAACAAUACCUAAUACAAUAACUUACAUGAAAACGGUUUAUCGCGGCUUUCGUUUUGUUAAGUUUUUUCUUUAUACGUUGUAUAGCUAAUGCAUUAAAUUGCAAAUUUUACAAUCUUUUAUAAUAUACCUACACACAUUUGUCUCAUUGCAAAUAUGAAAUAAUAUUUAUUAAAUGGCCAGUUUUAUUAAAUUAUUAUGUUUCGCGAAUUAUGUGAAAUAUAUCUGUGAAAUAAAUAAAAGAGUAAUUUUUUUUUGUAUUGUUUUUUUUUACGUUAUAUGUGUUCUGGUUAUGUAUGACUAUUAUUUUGUUGUAUUAGUUUCAUUAUUAUUAUUUUUAUUAUUAUUAUUAUUAUUAUUAUUUUUUCGUUCGGUUCAACUUUAGUGUUUAAACAUUAUUUAUUGGUGCCAAAAUCUAUUUUAUUAUAAUUUUUAAUGCGACCCUCCCGCCCUCCCCAUCCUUUUUAAAACGCUUGAAUCGUCGCGUAGACCGAGUAUAUAUAAAUAUAUAAUAGGUAAUUUUAAUGUGCCGUCGUUAUAUUUUAUAUAGAUAUGCAAAUAUAUUAUAUAAAUAACGAUUGAACUAAAAUUUUUCUUUUUAAAUUAGAUUUCAGGAAAAAAAUUAUUUUACUGUAUAAAUUAAUAUUAUAUAUUAUGGGAAUAUGAAAAGCAAAAAAAAAAAUGUAUUUAUAAUUUAUUAAAACAUUGUAUUAAUGAAUGAACUCGCGCGACCGAUAUUUUGUCUCCGAUUUUAUUAUAUUGUCAUUCGCAUCGAACUAAGUAUUUAGUAUACUAAUGUCUAAUAAUUUAAUAUUAUCUGAAUGUAAUUAUAUUAUAAAAUAAUGUAAUAUAAUGUAUUACAAUACUUACGCAAUACAAGAAUGUAAUAUGGGCAAUAUGAAAAACCGAAAAAUGUGAUUAUAGUCGGUUCGCGUCAAUUUUAUGUACUAAUGUUAAACGAAACGGAUAAUAAUUUUUUAUUAUUAUUAUACCUAUUGUACCUUGUAAAUUUUGAUUUAUUUGUAAGUUAGUGUAAUUUUUUUUUUUGUUUUUUGCUAAUUAGUAGACUACAUAUUAUUAUUAUUAUAAUUACGUGUAAAUUGAAUUCUAUUUCAAAAUUUGCUAUAUACAUAUUAUUAUAUAUUAUUUACUAUUUGUCCUAAAUAUAUUAACCCGAUUUGUUAAAUUAGUAUUUUAAAAAGAAAAAAAAAUGACACAAAAAAUCAGCGUUAAC